UCUACACGUGUAGCCUCGUGUAAAAGCAGAUAUUGAAUUUCAGGGCCGAGCCGGGUUUAUGUCCUAUGAUUUGGCAACCCAGCGCUCCAGGGGUUGGUCCUUUUCACAGCAGAGUCGGAGACUGAGGUGAUUUGUUGGCAUGUCUGGGAUAACUUCCAGGGAUAAAGGCUUUCUUACCCUGUGUAAUUUCCAUUCAUUUUUUCUGAAGUGAUCGGGCGCUGCUGUUCCUCAAUCUGAGCCAGGAAUACGUUUGCUGAGUUUCAGGACAACUUCGCACUGAGUGCAGACAGCAGACUGAAGCAGUUCCGUGGGAUGGAGGUUUAAAUGUCCGACGGAAUUGAAUGGCAUCUCGAUACAGAAGUAAGAUGUUCCGAUGUGGCGAUUGCGAGACUCAUAGGCGCUGCUACAAAUGAAUGAACUGAAUUUACGGAGAAAUGCUCUCCAAACGAAGGAGCGCUUUGAUAUCGCACUGAACUUGCUUACUGCGCCUUAAAACAAGUCGUGGUCUAAUGUAGACUGAAUUACCGAACGUCUUUACUGGUAACCUGUAUCCUGAAAUCUGACUGGAGUACUCGAGUUGGAUAAAUUAGAUUUGUUGAGGUUUGCAUAACACCUGAGCUGACUGAAGUUUUGAAAGUAUUCGACCUUGGGUACAAGUCAUCAGCAUGCGGCUACAUUAGUCUACUGUCUGUCUUGUGACACUUUGUUGAUUUCUUUCAGCUGUCUUUUUACAGAAUUAUAAACAUGAGGGUGGAAGCCAUGUGGAGGGUCAUUUUUGUGUAUUGCCUGACCUUAGCAGUGUUUGAGUCAGACUGUAGAACAGCUGAUGGUAAACGAGCUGAUCUGAGACUCAACAAGUCACGGCGUAUGUCAUCCUCUUUGUCAAGACGGAGCUCUCUUUUCGGUACAGCUCGACCAGAAGUUAAUGAAAACCUGGAAGCAAUGCAAAACGAUGAUGCAAGCAUUAAUCAAAACAGAAGGGUGAUGAGUCGGACAAGAGGCAUACAGAGUGGGUUGGAAAACCUCCAGAGAGAUGGUGGUGUUCCUGGAGCAAGGGCUGCCCUGUCCCGUUUGCCAAACUCUGCUGGAUCCCCAAAUCUGCUCGCCACGUUUGCAGGCAAGAAUCGUCUAUUGGUAAUCUCAGCCCCUCAUGAAUCAGAUGGCUAUUACAGGCUAAUGAUGAGCCUUCUCAAGCCAGAUGUGUACUGUGAGCUGGCUGAACGACAUGUGCACCAGAUUGUGAUCUUUCACCAGGAGGGCGAGAUGGGUGGGAAAGUUAGACGCAUUACCAAUGUAGGCAAAGUGAUGGAAGAGCCCCUUGAUACAGCACUCAUCCCACGACUCAUGAACUUCCUCAAGUUAGAAAAAGGGAAGUUUGGUAUGGUGCUUUUGAAAAAGACACUGCAGGUGGAGGAACGCUACCCAUACCCAGUGAGGCUGGAGGCCAUGUAUGAGGUCAUAGACCAGUCACCUAUGCGAAAGAUGGAGAAGGCAAGACAGAAGGGCUUUGUGCAAAAGUGCAGGGAGGCAGGGGAGGAGGGUCAGGUGGUUGAGGGCAUCCCUAGCACUGGAACUCAGGUGAACCCACCCAUUGUGAGAAGACCAGAAAGAAAAGAGGAACCCACCAGAAGACCCAAGCAGGUCACCCCCACAUCUACUACUACUACUACUACAACUUCUACUACUACUACUACAAGACCUACUACUACCACAACAACUACCACCACCCGUCCCCCUACCACUCGUCCUACAACAACCAUCCGCUUUACCACUACUUCCACGCAGGCCACCACCAUCACCCAGAAGCCAACAAAAGCUCAAACAACCCAACAACGGGACUCCAAAUCCAAGACCAAGACUUACCAUUAUGAUAACAGAGGCAAGCCUAAGAAAAACAUAAUUCAUCCAACCACCCCCUCUUACUUCUAUACUAAAGCCUACACUGCAAAAAAUGGAGACAAUCGUACUGACCGAAAGGACUACACUCGUAAACAACCUGGUAUCCUGCCAAGUCAGCACAAGCCAAACAAAUCUAAGCCAACUAAGAAAAAAAAUGGAGAUGGUGGUCUGAGUAAUGCAUAUGAAGACAAGUAUGAUGUUGGCAAACCUACAGACACUUACCCAGUGGAAAAAACAGUUGUUGGUGUUCCUAUCAAGAAAGAUAAGGACAAGCUGAACAAGAAAAAGAAGAAAAAAGAUAAAUCAGACAAGCCGCCAAAGAAGGACAAGCCAGGUAGGAAAGGGAAGGAAGAUGAAGAAAAAUCGGGGAGGAAAGAAAAGGAAGAAAGGACUGGAAAAAAUAUGAAAAUUGAAAAAGAAAAUGAGGAGUACCAGAAUCCUACAAAGAAACCAGCACCUCCUACAAAGGGAGCUCUUGCAACAUUCUUGGAAUAUUUUGAAAACAGAAGACGGUUAAUUCUCAUUACUGCUCCAUCAGAGGAGGACAGCAUGUAUGUGCAGCAGAGGGAUGAAUACCUAGAACAUGUGUGUGAAAUGGCUAUCAGGAAGAUCUCUAUCAUCGCCAUAUUUGGCACUUUGACCAACAGCACCAUGAAAAUUGAUCAUUACCAGCUUGAAAAUGACAAACCUAUGAAGGGCCUGCGGCAGGAGGAUCUGGUGAACCAGGAGCUCAUCACAGAUCUGAGGAAAGGGUUCCGAAUGACCUAUAAUGAUUUCUAUAUGGUGCUUACUGACAUGGAUAUGAAAUGGAAGCAAUUUUAUGAGGUCCCAAUUGCCAUGAAGGCAGUAUUUGGCUACAUUGAUACAUUCUCAUCUCGCAUCAGAGAAAUGGAGCAACAAAAGCGGGAUGGGGUGACAUGUAAAAAAGAAGACAAGCCACGAUCAUUGGAAAACUUCCUGUCUAGGUUCCGGUGGAGACGCAGACUUUUUGUGAUAUCAGCUCCCAAUGAUGAAGAGUGGGCCUAUCAGCAGCAGCUCUAUGCUCUGUCCAGUCAGGCAUGCAACCUGGGGCUUCGUCAUAUUUCUGUUUUAAAGCUGCUGGGCACUGACAUGGUAGACAUGGGUGGAGUGUUAGAGCUCUACCCCAUUAAUGGCAGUGCAACAGUGGAACGUGAGGGCUUGUCGGGAACACUAGUGAGGGACAUCAGGAAUUACUUCCAGAUUAGCCCCGAAUAUUUCUCCAUGUUGCUGGUGGGCAAGGAUGGCAAUGUAAAGUCAUGGUACCCAUCACCAAUGUGGUCCAUGGCCAACAUUUAUGACCUGAUCGACUCCAUGCAGCUACGAAGGCAGGAGAUGGCCAUUCAACAGAGCCUGGGCAUGCGCUGCCCUGAGGAUGAGUAUGGUUCCUAUGGCUAUCACCAUGGUUAUCACAAUGGCUAUCAGGAGGGAUAUCACGAAGGGUAUGGUUACUAGAGGCUAAGUCAGUUUGUGAGUCAUCCGAAAGGGGUUGUAUUUUGAAGUGGACUGAAGUUCAGUCACAGAACACACCAUAAUUUUUAACUGUUUUUUUUUUUUUCAUUUAUCAUUUGAAGUAAAGUCUGUCUUAUGUCUUAUAUAGGUUUAUUAUCUCUCCCUGCCUGAGUAUAUAUUGUUUUACAGCCAGUGACAUCAUCUUUUGUAGAUAAAAGCUGAUAUGUUUUGUACUAUUUUCUGGCUGAUCAUUGUCAGGGUCACAACCUGGUAUCUGUUAAUGGAAAUUGAUUUGGAUUUUUUUUGUUACUCCACUGUAAAUCACUGUUUAUAUAUACACAUGGACAAAAUUGUUGGUAUCCUCCCAUUAAAGAAAGAAAAACCCACAAUGGUCACUGAAAUAACUUGAAACUGACAGAAUAAUAGUAAAUUAUUACUAUUAUUGUAAUAAUUUAACAACCUUUUGUGGAAAUCACUGCAAUCAAGCAAUUUCUGUAACUCUCAAUGAGACUUCUGCACCUGUCGACAGGUAUUUUGUCCCACUCCUUGUGAGCAAGCUGCUCCAACUGUCUCAGGUUUAAAGGGUGCCUUCUCCAGACUGCAUGUUUCAGCUUUCCACAGAUGUUCAAUAGGUUUUAGAUCAGGGUUCAUUGAAGACCACUUCGAAAUAGUCCAAUGUUUUGUGCUUAGCCAUUCUUGGGUGUUUUUAGAUUUUUUUUGGGGGGUCAUUAUCCUGUUGGAGACUGAAUGAGACCAAGCUUUCUGACACUGGGCAGCACAUAUCGCUCCAGAAUGCCUUGAUAGUCAUGAGGUUUCAUUGUACCCUGCACAGAUUCAACCCCCUGUGCCAGAUGCAGCAAAGUAGCCAUAGAACAUAACCAAAGCCUCCUCCACAUUUCACAGUAGGUACAGUGUUUUUUUUUCUUUGCUUGCUUCAUUUUUGUGUCUGUGAACAUGAGCUGAUGUGACUUGCUCAAAAGCUCCUUCUUUUCUAUUUUCGCAAAUCUUUUCUAGGGGUACCAUCAUUUUUUUGUCCAGGCCAGUUUCAAAAGUUUUUCUUAAUGCCACAAAUCAAAAGCAAUGUCUGAUGUUCAUUAGUCAAUUUUCAAUCAAUUUUAAUUUAUUAUUGUCAGUUUCAAGUUAUUUCAGUGACCAUUGUGGGGUUUUUCUUUCUUUAAUGGAAGGGUACCAACAAUUUUGUCCAUGUGUGUGUGUGUGUGUGUGUGUGUGUAUAUAUAUAUAUAUAUACACACACACACACACACACACACACACACACACACACACACUGUGUGCUUAUUUAUACUGAUGUUAAUAAAAAUAGCUUUAUGUUACGACUGUCCAAUACCUUCUGUUUACCUUCUGUUUACUACAUAAACCCCCUGAUGGUUUGUAUUAGUUUAGCAGGUGGACUGCUGAGUCUAAAAGCAAAAGGUUUUCAUACACCAACCUUUACUCCUGUCAAGUGCUAGUCAGAUUGACUACAUUGACUAAACAUAAAGGUUAUUCAGAUUUU